AUGAGCAGCUUGAUGGUGCCACUUCCUAUGGUAGCUUUCACCACCACACCCAGGGCAGGGAAUGCCACUGGUGGUGGCAGCACUAGAGUGGAGGAGAAGGAGAACUGCGUCUUCAACGAGGAGUUCAAGUUCAUCCUCCUGCCUGUCUCCUAUGCCACUGUCUGUGUGGUGGGCCUCUUCCUCAACUCCUGCUCCCUGUGGGCACUUGUCUUCAGGAUGUGGCCCUGGAAUGCCACCACCACGUAUAUGUUCCACCUGGCCCUGUCGGACACCCUCUACGUCCUCUCCCUCCCCACGCUGGUCUACUACUAUGCCAACCGCAACAACUGGCCCUUCGGGGAGGGGAUGUGCAAGGUGGUGCGCUUCCUCUUCUACGCCAACCUCUACAGCAGCAUCCUCUUCCUCACCUGCAUCAGCAUCCACCGCUACGUGGCGGUCUGCCACCCAAUCAAGGCUCUCAGGUGGGUCAAGACAAGGCACGCCCACCUGAUCUGCGGGGGAGUGUGGGUGGCAGUUGCCACCUGCCUCAUCCCGAACCUGGUCUUCGUCACCAUCAGUGCCCGGGGAAAUGAUACCCUCUGCCAUGACACCACAAGGCCAGCCGAAUUUGACCACUAUGUACACUACAGCUCCUCAGUGAUGGCCCUCCUCUUUGGCCUUCCGUUCCUGGUUGUCCUCAUCUGCUACUGCCAGAUGGCCCAGAAGCUGCGGAGGCCUCACUCUGGCCGGGAGGUCCCCGCCUACAAGGCGCGCUCUGUCAAAAUGAUUGUGGUGGUCGUGGUGGUCUUCGUCAUCUGCUUCCUCCCUUUCCACAUCACGCGAACGGCCUACUACACCUCUAGGUUGCUCAAGGCCGACUGUCGCACGCUCAACGCUGUGAACAUGGCCUACAAAAUCACCAGGCCCUUGGCCAGCGCCAAUAGCUGCAUUGAUCCCAUCCUCUACUUCUUGGCUGGGGACCUGUAUAGGGGAAAGCUGCACCAGAGCUUGGUCAAAAGGCCCAGAUCCAGGCAUGCACUGACUCUGGCCCCCAUUUCCCAGCUUGUGGGUGAAAUCUGA